AUGGCACAAAAAUUGUUGCUCGUUUUAAGCGCUCUGUUGGCCGUGUCCAGCGCUGUGCUGGUGCCCGGUCCUGGCCUGGCAUUGCCCGCUUUGCCCGCAUAUCCUUCGCUCGGAGCGCCCGUCUAUCCGAAGCUGGCGGCGCCCGUUUAUCCCGGCCUGGCCAAGGUGGCCGUUGCCAAGGUGGCCGCACCCGAGCCAUACGAUCCGAAUCCACAGUACAGCUUCAGCUACGAUGUGCAUGAUAGCUCCACGGGCGACGUUAAGAACCAGCAGGAGUCGCGCAGCGGCGAUGUUGUCCAGGGCUCCUACUCGCUGAUCGAGGCCGACGGCACCCGUCGCAUUGUGGAGUAUACCGCGGAUCCUGUGCACGGUUUCAAUGCCGUCGUUCAUCGCGAGGGCGUCGCUGUCAAGGCUGUCGCUCCGGUUGCCAAGGUACUGGCACCGGCUCCGCUGCUGCAUGCUCCGGUUGUGGCCAAGCUGCCAGCCUAUGGCCCAGCUCUGGCACCCGCCUAUCACGCACCAGCCUAUGGCCCAGCUUUGGCUCCGGCUUACCAUGGUCCGGCUUUGGGACCCGCCUACUCGCCUCUGGCCUAUCACUAA